AUGAAGCUACUGCUCCUGCUUUCGAUUCUCGCCUCGGCGCUGCAUUUGUCAAUCGCGGUCGCCGUCGAACGACGUGCAGGGAUCUUCGCACGUGGAAGUGAGUCAGAAACCGUUCGAUUUGCUCUUGCAUUCUGGGGUGAACAUGUUCAACAAUAUCGUGCUGACGGCUCUUUUGCCGACGUUGACUGGCAGUGAGAGCUUGGGCGUAUUGCGCUGGAAGAGAUUCACCCGUUGUUUGCUCUGUUCCCAGCGAUCCGACCCAAGACAGUGAGCCCCCCCUUUUUUUCUUACUUUUUGGAUCAGUGUCCUUCCUAGCAAAGUGUUCCGUCUGGGUGACGACCAGCUGACUCUGCCCGUAACCUUUCUGCCUUCGCCGCAAUGCAGAAACCUAUCGUCAAUUCGUCCAAUCAAAGAUCUUCAUAGAUAGGGUAGCAGAUUGGCGGAAAGACUACCUAGUCGAGUUUGGUAACAACGAGUCGAUGUAUGGUCUGUAUCAACAAGGAAGCAUUGGCGACGUCAACAUAGAGCAGCCUUGGGCAAUGCUAAUGGUCGCACGCAGCAAGUGGGAUGCCUGGUACAGGCUGGAAGGAAUGCCGUGUGACGAAGCACGGUCGCAAUAUGUGAAACAAGCACUCGUCUUCGUUGAUUCCAUGGACCAAAAGAUCAUCGAGCAAUACGGGAAGCCCAUCGUGAACGCUUAA